CUCGGCUGCCGACCCUCCUUCUCUCUGCCUUCGGCCGCGGGAUUAAAUGCCCUCCUUUACUGCGCGCGCCUGCCGGGUUAGGAGAUGAAAUGGGUUGGUGUUGUUCGGCGUAAUUGCGCACCGUCUUCGCCCGUCCACCGGGGCCCGUGAGUUUACCUCCGCCGGAUCGCCUGCCGGGUGGAAUUCGUGAGAGAAUUUGGGGAAGGUUGCGUCGGUUUUUUCUUGUUUUCUUAUUUUCUUCUUUUCUUUUCUCUGAUCUUUCUCUGGGUGGGUGGUUGUUGAAGGCGCGGAGGGAGCGGGGGUGUCUUGUGGGUGUUUGAGGUUUCCAGGUGGGUGUUGUGAGGAUGGGGAUCGUGAGUACGGUUCUUGGGUUUUGUGGGUUUGGGGUGGGAACUUCGAUCGGGCUCGUGGUUGGCUACUACAUGUUCAUCUACUUCCAACCGACCGAUGUCAAGGACCCCGUGGUGCGUCCUCUAGUCGAGCAAGAUACGAAAUCCUUGCAGCGUCUGCUCCCGGAGAUACCUUUGUGGGUGAAAAAUCCGGACUAUGACCGUGUUGACUGGCUCAACAAAUUUAUCCUCACCUUGUGGCCUUAUCUAGAUAAGGCCAUAUGCAAGACUGUGAAGACCAUAGCAAAGCCUAUUAUUGCCGAGCAAAUACCGAAAUACAAGAUUGAUUCUGUCGAGUUUGAGGAGCUUACAUUGGGUUCUUUGCCGCCUACUUUCAACGGAAUGAAAGUCUAUCUUACUGAUGAGAAGGAGUUAAUAAUGGAGCUGUCGAUGAAGUGGGCAGGGAAUCCUAACAUCAUUGUUGCUGCUAAGGCAUUCGGGUUGAGGGCUACUGUUCAGGUGGUUGAUUUGCAAGUGUUCGCUUCUCCGCGCAUCACUCUGAAGCCUCUGGUUCCAACCUUUCCUUGUUUUGCCAAGAUAUUUGUCUCUUUAAUGGAGAAGCCACAUGUAGAUUUUGGCCUGAAGCUUCUCGGAGCAGAUGCUAUGUCCAUUCCUGGCCUCUAUAGAUUUGUCCAGGAACUUAUCAAGGAUCAAGUUGCAAAUAUGUACCUCUGGCCUAAGUACUUAGAAGUACCUAUUUUGGAUCCUUCUAAAGCUGCAAAGAAACCGGCUGGGAUUCUCAAUGUAAAGGUCGUGAGGGGAAUAAAGCUUAAAAAGAAGGACCUUCUGGGCAAGUCAGACCCUUAUGUGAAGCUAAAGCUUACUGAAGACAAGUUAUCCACAAAGAAGACAACAGUCAAACAUAGCAAUCUAAAUCCUGAAUGGAAUGAGGAGUUCAGUUUGUUGGUCAAGGACCCAGAAUCUCAAGCCUUAGAGCUUAUUGUCUAUGACUGGGAACAGGUUGGUAAACACGAGAAGAUGGGAAUGAAUGUUAUUCCACUGAAGGAGCUUACACCUGAGGAACCGAAGAUUAUGACUCUUAAUCUGUUGAAGAACAUGGACCCCAAUGAUGUCCAGAACGAGAAGUCACGUGGGGACCUUGUUGUUGAAGUGGUAUACAAGCCUUUCAAGGAGGAUGAGAUGCCCGAUGAUCUUGAAGAUUCAAAUGCAGUAGACAAGGCUCCUGAAGGAACACCUGCUGGCGGUGGUUUGCUUGUAGUUAUCGUACAUGAGGCUCAAGAUCUCGAAGGAAAGCAUCACACAAAUCCUCAUGUCCGCCUGUUUUUCAGAGGGGAGGAAAGAAAGACUAAGUAUGUAAAGAAGAACAGAGAUCCAAGAUGGGAAGAAGAGUUCUCGUUUAUGCUUGAUGAUCCACCUACCAAUGACAGACUCCAUGUGGAAGUCAUUAGUACCUCCUCGAGGAUGGGCUUGUUGCAUCCGAAGGAAACGCUAGGCUAUGCGGAUAUCUACUUAUCUGAUGUUGUCAGCAACAAGAGGAUCAAUGGGAAGUACAAUCUCAUCGACUCCAAGAAUGGACAAAUCCAAAUUGAGUUGCAGUGGAGAACUGCAGCUUAGGGCAUUGCUUGGGUUGGCAGUGUUUGGAGGGUGCCUCCCCUCCCAACAUUUUAACUCUCUUUAGUCAAUCUGUGUGAAUGAACAUUUGUAUAAAUCUGUCUGUCUGAAGAUUUUUACUGUCGAUAUUAUUGCUGCUUUCGAUGAUAAGCUCGAGCUAGAUUAUUGCUCAUGAUCAGCAUCAGCAAUCAUUGAGCGAGCCCUUUAGCUGCGGUACAAACUACUGCGCGUGGCACUUACAUUUUUUGAAAUUUCAGCUUAGGGACAUCUCCACGAUAUACUAUCUGUUUCAUCUGUCUUUUGGGCUUUCAUACAUUGCUCACCCCACAGCCUCUGUGAAGUUUCAGUCUGAGAUCUAUGUUCUUAUAUUGAUUUCAA